UUAGUUUUCCGCAGAGCAGCAUAAUAUUUGUGCCAGCAGUGAGCCGGUCUUGUGAUUGUAUCUCUGUGUUUGUUUGAACGCGCAAAAAGUCUUAAGCAGCAGAAAAGGCGGCAAAAGAGAAGCAAAGAACUAAACCAAACCAGUACCGCUGUUGGCAAGGCGAAGCUGCAGCAAAAAAAAAAAAAACUGCAACGGCAAACAUAAUUAUUUUCGCAACGCGCUGAGCGUGUGUCGGUGUGCAGCUCAAAAACAUCGACACUCGGACGCACACCUUGGCGUUUUCGCGCCCAGUUUUGUCUUUUGGCACCGAAGACCAGCCGACGGGAAUAAACUGCAAUACAGCAGUUUGUGCGCGCACCGCCAUUAACGGACAGCACCCAAAAGUAUGCUACACAAAUCUGUUUCAGCGUGUCCCCGCAAACAAAAGCAAAAACAAAAACAAAAGCAACAGCCACACAACUACAACUACAAGCACAGCGACCAGAGAGCAAGCAAAUUAGUGAUUGCGGAGAGCAACAACUAGAAAGAAGAGCAACAAAACAACCACAAGCUGAGCAACGGAAGAACGAAAGCGGAGCCUAGAACAUAGAAAAUUCAACAAGACAUACAAAAACAAAACAGUAAAGCUGUUACUCCUAACGGUCAACGAAGCCAACGCAGGCAAUUACACAAAGAUGGCGUCCUCGCCGACACCAUCUCUGGACUCGAUGCGGGGCGGGGCGAACUCGAUUGAGUCGUACGAGCACGCCGGCUACCUAUCAGACUCCCCGCUCACCCUGAGCGGCUCAUCGCCACCGGCAAGCGACUCGGCGAUCUGCAGCGACGAGUACACCAGCGUCGGCAGCGGCAGUGUCGGCGUCAAGACGCGAUCGGACGUGACCGUCAUCAAUGGCCACCACCCCAUAUCGGCCUCCGUCUCGUCCAGCUCGUCGGCCAGCUCGUCCUCCUGCUCGUCGUCCUCAUCCUCGUCGAGCUCCUCGUCGUCGUCCUCAUCCAGCUCCUCGACCAGCGGCCUGAGCGGGUGCGGCAGCACUAGCAGCAGCGUAAUCAGCGCCACCAAUGUGUCCUCGAACGGACCCGGCGUCAUCGGCAGCAAUCUGCAAAGCUCCGCCAGCGGCAGCACCUCGGGCAUCAGUAGCCUGGUCGUGGGCGCGGGCAAAGGUACCUCCAGCAAUGGCAGUGCCUCCUCCAACACAUCCAACGGAAGCAGCAACGGGAACGGCAGCUCCCCGCCCCGCUGCACCGCCUGCAAGAGCAAGUGCAGCGACGCGGUGGCCAAGUGCUUCGAUUGCCAGAGCUACCUGUGCGCCAACUGCGUGACGGCCCACGAGUUCAUGCACUGCUUCAACGGACACAACGUGUGCCUCAUCAAGGGGUUUGACGCGACAGCCCUGCCCCUGGCGGUGAGCCCGCCCAGCAACAACCCGGCCUCCAACGACUUCAAGUACGCCAGCUCCCUGACUAUGAUGCUGCAGCAGCAGCAGCAACUCGACUCCCAGCAGCAGCAGCAGCAGCAACAGCAGCAACAACAGCAACAACAACAACAACAACAACAACAGCAACUUCUGCCCACACAGCCCAUGUCGCAGCUCUCCAAGAUCGUGCUUGCCGCCGCCGCCCAGGCCAGCUCCCAGGAGCAGCAGCAGCACCAGCACCAGCAACAGGAGAGCCUCUACAGCUCAGUGCACCAGCAGCGGCAGCUGUUUUGUCCGCGCCACAAGCAGGAGCUGCUCAAGUUCAGCUGUCGCACCUGCUGCAUCCUGGUGUGCAAGGAGUGCAUCGUUCUGGAGCACUCGACGGGCCUGCACGAGCUGGAGAACGUCCAGUCACCAGCCUUGGCCACGGCGGCCGCCACUGCGGCUUCCGCGGCGAACGAGACGGCCCUGCAGACCCUCCUGGCGGACAUGCGCGGCAAGAUCGGAGAGAUCGUGGGCAUAGCCGGCAAUUCCGACCAGAAUCUGACCAAGGUCAAGCUGCAGUACCAGAAGGCGCACAACGAGCUGAACGAGACGCACCAGUUUUUCGCAUCCAUGCUGGACGAGCGCAAGACGGAGCUGCUGAAGGAGCUCGAGUCCCUCUACUCGGCCAAGAUCAACAGCAACAACGCGUGGUUGCAGCGCUCCCGGGAUCUGAUCGACAAGGGCCUGGCCACGUGCGAAGCGGUGGAGCGCUCACCCGCUCCUCCCUCCGCCUUGUUGGCGGAGGCCCUUCUGCUGCGCAAGUCUCUGGAGCAGCAGCUGCAGACCGCCAUCCAAGACAUGCAGCUGCCCUUCGAAAUGGAGUUCAUGUCCAACUACCAGUCGAUACAGGCCGGCGUGCGCAACACCUUUGGCUAUAUCCGGGCCAGCAGCUCUGACGGUGGCCAUGGCGCCCUCAGCCAGGCCAGCAGCGCUCACGGCAAGCAGCCGCCCAUCGCUCGGCCCACGCAGAGCGCCAGCAACAGCAGCGCCAGCAGCGCCGGGAGCCACAGCCACAGCCACCACCAUUCAGGCGGGCAGUCGCAGUCGGGCUCCCAGCACCAUCACCACCAUCAGCAGCUGCACCAGGCGCAACAGCACCAGCUGCAGACCCAGUCGACGCUCCACGGCCUCGGCUUGGGUCUGAGCGGAGGCCUGCUCGAGAGCAGCUCCGUCGGAGGGGGGGCGUACACGAAUGGCAGCAGCCUGCUGCUGAGUGGUCGGGAGCGCAGCACCCUGGCCGUGGAGCAGCACUUCGGCGAGCUCCUGCCCAAGAGGGGCGGCUACAGCGGCAGUGGAUCCGGAUCGGGAGCCGGCACCGUGGCCCACUACAAUCCAUACGAGAAGUGGAGCAACGGGGGCAGCGACAACCUCUUCUCAUCGGUGGGGGCCGCCAGCGGCGGCAGCUCUGCCGUCGUGGACGCAUUUGCCAGCCAGCUGUCCAGUCUGUCGUCUGGUAACGGGGCUGGGGGCGUGGUGGGGGGCGGCAGCUCCGUGAGCUCAGAGUCCCUGCUGGACCUGACCAACAAGCUGCUCUCAGCCACCAUCUACCCGCCCAAGUCGCAGAUCAAGCGCCAGAAGAUGAUCUACCACUGCAAGUUCGGGGAGUUUGGCGUGAUGGAGGGCCAGUUCACGGAGCCGAGCGGCGUGGCGGUGAACGCGCAGAACGACAUCAUUGUGGCGGACACGAACAACCACCGCAUCCAGAUCUUCGACAAGGAGGGCCGCUUCAAGUUCCAGUUCGGGGAGUGCGGCAAGCGGGACUCGCAGCUGCUCUACCCCAACCGCGUGGCCGUCGUCCGCAACUCGGGCGACAUCAUCGUGACGGAGCGGUCGCCGACGCACCAGAUCCAGAUCUACAACCAGUACGGACAGUUCGUGCGCAAGUUCGGGGCUACAAUCCUGCAACAUCCGCGCGGCGUUACGGUGGACAACAAGGGGCGGAUCAUCGUGGUGGAGUGCAAGGUGAUGCGCGUGAUCAUCUUCGAUCAGAACGGCAACGUGUUGCACAAGUUCGGGUGCUCCAAGCACCUGGAGUUCCCCAACGGCGUCGUCGUGAACGACAAACAGGAGAUCUUCAUCAGCGACAACCGGGCGCACUGCGUCAAGGUGUUCAACUACGAGGGCCAGUACCUUCGCCAGAUCGGCGGCGAAGGCAUCACCAACUACCCCAUCGGCGUGGGCAUCAACUCGAACGGCGAGAUCCUCAUCGCGGACAACCACAACAACUUCAACCUGACCAUCUUCACGCAGGACGGGCAGCUAAUAUCGGCCCUCGAGUCGAAGGUGAAGCACGCCCAGUGCUUCGACGUGGCGCUCAUGGACGAUGGCAGCGUGGUGCUGGCCAGCAAGGACUACCGCCUCUACAUCUACCGCUACGUGCAGCUGGCGCCCGUGGGUAUGUAAACACGCUCGACAUCCACACCCACAACCACAACCAGAACCGCAACCGCAUCCGCAUCCACGUGCGGAAGGACCUGUGCCUGUGCGUCUCUCACUCACUCUCUCAGUAGUUUGACUUGCGCGGUCA